CAUCGGAGUUGUCCGCGAGUUCGCAGGGUCUCCCGGUUCUCUUAUAUCCACCGAACACUCAAUUAAUAAAUCCCCGAUAGUUAUUCGCCGUGUAAAUCUUAAAAUCUCAAGAUCAGUUAAGUGAUUGUAAUCCAUGUAUAUAUACGUGUAUGUAUAUAGAUACAUAUAGUAAUACAUAUCUCGUGAAGUUGGUGGAAGUUCAUCGAACGUAUUAUAUUCGCUGGAGUGAGAGAGAGAAAGGCGUGUUUUUACGACCUGUUCCUGCUACAGAAUUAUUGCGAGGUGAAAUCGUGUACAACACGUAGUGUGCAUUACACAGUGUGUAUAAGAUGUGACUACUACCUGUGUGCAUCUUCACGCUGUUUUGUCGAACCCGCAACCGUGCAACGUGCAAAGCCGCGUCUCACCGGACUGGGAUACAGCUGCUCACCGUGACCAGACUUGUCGUGUUGUCACAUGACCUUAAGUUUCCUGGUGAGUGCAUCCUCACAUACAUGGAGUUUCAGCUGGAUAGUGCAGAAUACUGCCAGGCUCAACACAAAUAGAGAGACACGCCCAAAUACCCUAGAAUCUGCUAGGUACUAUUAAAAAAGAAACAAGGAAAGAACAUCUUAAUCAGGCAAAGAAAAAUUUUUUAAUACUGGGAUCAUUGCCUCGAAGUCAGAAAAUCAUCAGCUAGUCAUCACGCAAAACAUAGAAGAAUUAAAUAGAAUCAAUUGUUAAUUAACAAUAUUAAAUGCAAGCAUUGUAGUUACUGAGCGCACCUGAUCCAGGCGCAGCCAGUGCCAAAUAGAUAAUCUUCCGAAUCGUAGUCAAGGAUCCCAAGUGGGAAUCGAUCGCAUAUCAACAACGCCUAAUGUAACGUAGCCCUCACCUUUUCAGCGAAAUUUGCACCUUAACAACCCUCCUUGAGGUCUACAUGUGAACCCAUUGUUCUGUCCUCUGUAAAAAAAUAACAAAGUAUUCAAUUAGUUAAAUGAAAAACAACUUUAUAAGACUGACAUCUAUGGGCUAAGUUGUCAAAUUCAGCCUUUGUUGCUUCAUAUAGUGUGGCACAUUGCAAAAAUAAAGAGAAACAGUGUCGUACAAAAUUAUUAAAAACAUAAAACUUAGAAGCAUAAAAGAAGUAGGAGUAUUACACCACUUGUUGUCCAAAAAGGAAAUGAGCAACAUGAGGGUGAAGGAUAUCAGACCAGAACCCGCCGAAAUCGAAUACAAAAACAUGAAGUUCCUUAUUACUGAUCGGCCCAAUGAUCAGACCAUUCAUACUUUUAUUCAAGAACUGAAAAAGCACAAUGUUAAAGAAGUAGUGAGGGUCUGUGAACCAACGUACAAAGUUGAGGAACUCAAAACAGAAGGGAUCAAUGUCAUAGACUUGGUAUUUGAUGAUGGCACAUUUCCACCAAAUGAAGUCAUUGAUGAAUGGUUUGAGCUGCUAAAAAAUCGAUUUCGCGAGUCUCCUGAUGCAUGUGUAGCGGUACAUUGUGUAGCGGGACUUGGUAGGGCACCAGUCUUAGUCGCACUUGCCCUUAUUGAGCUGGGACUUAAGUAUGAAGAUGCAGUUGCGUUAAUUAGGGAUAAAAGACGAGGCGCUAUCAACUCAAAGCAGCUGGCCUAUCUUGAAAAGUAUCGUCCCAAAUCUCGGUUGAAGCUCAAGAAUGGACAAAAGAACUCCUGCUGCGUCCAAUAGAUCAAACGAUUUCUUUGAAAAGUUACUAAUUCAUACUGAUUGGUAUACCUAAUUGUAUAGGUUUUCGCGCCUGAUAACAAGAGACAUACUGUAUCAACUCAGUUCUGAAAGGCCUAUCAAUGGAAAUGCAACUGUACUUAUGGAACAAUUUUAAUAGUAUAUUUUGCACCGUCUGAUUCUCCAGCAUAAAUGAAGCGAUUCAAGAGAAAAAUAAAUUGUAUAUCAUUAGUUGCACUCUUCUUUUACGAAAUUUUUGUAUUUAUUUUUGAUACUAAAUCAAUAUAAAAUAUGACAGAAAAGAAAAAGCCUUCUGAACAUGGUAUGAAUAAUAAUAAAAUUCGAAUGGAUCUGAUUGUUUGUAUAAUGAAUAAACAAAAAAUGUAAUCAACUUAUGCGUUUUAUGAUAAUACUUGGUACGUCCAAGAUUUAAGAUUAUUGAGUAUUCUAGAAGGCUGCAUUUACUUGGUCCAAUAAAAUAAAAUACACAAUGUUACUAAUUAAUUUGUGAACAUUAGUUAAUAUGUUAUUUAUGCGAGAUACUUUAAGGAUGGUUGGGGUAAACACCUUUGGAUUAGUAUGAUUUGUAGUAAAAUGUGGUUCCUUUGGUACUGCAGUUGUACCCAGCCGUCAUCAAAUUUAGUUAUUUAAAGAGUUAGUGCAAUAAGAAAAUAACUCACAUUUUCCAUAAUGAUUAAAUGAAAGGAAUAAAUAAAUGUUUUAAGCAAUUCAACAUAUUUACUUUCAGAUUGUAAUUAAGUACAUAUUUUUUGCAGAUGUUUUGCGUAUAUAACACAAGCAAGAAGAAACAUGAGUGAACGCUGCGUUGUAAAUAUUCUUUAAAUACUGUUUUCUGUUUUGUAUUAUCACAUCAAAUUUGGUAUACAUUAGUUACAACCAACAUAGAAAUUGCAAUACGCAUUUCCAUAUACUUAUCACAUAUGAAUAAAUUUUCGAACUUUGUAUGAAAUAAAACGAUUUGCACAAAAAUUAAUAAAUUUUUUUAAACGAUCAAGCAUUAAUUUUGAAAAUAUAACAAACAAAAGGAACAUUGCGUUGCAUUUCCAAUGGCAUGCCGAAUUGAUGAGUGUUCUUAACUCUUACUGAACUUGAAAUCUGCGUUAACUUGAAAUAACGAAUAUUACGAAACAAAGUGAAGAAAAAAAAUCACUCCAGAGUUAUAUAUCACUUUUAUCGUAGCUUAACGGCAAUUUCACCAAAAUUUAAAAAAAAACAGCCACUUUUAUUCGAUAAAUUUUAAAAGGCUGCAUACGCAUUUUGUGUGGAGCAUAUAUUGUAAUCGUAAUCGCAAUUUUGGUAAAAUUGUCGGUGAUGCUGUACGCCACACUAAACUGUGUUCAGAAGAUAGAAAAAAAAUUCGCUCCUAAACUAAUGAAUGUAAUAUUUAGAUCAUUUCAUGUGUCUGCAGAUUUAACGUGAAUGUACGUUUCUGUAUAUAAUUAUGAUACACGAAUUGCGUUCAUAAUCGUUUCUCGUGCUUAUAGCGAAGGUUACGUGAUAUAUGCUGACGAACUAUUGUAGUCGUUUGUAUUUUUUUCCUGUCCCAGUUUUUGGUAAUUAGCGUGUAAGAAACCCAGAUGAAAUUUUUGUACGGAACUGUUAACUAAAUAAUGAAUUUAAUUGCACGAUACGCCAAUGAUAAGAUAUAUUCGUCCUUUUUGUGCAUAACUUUCAAGUACCAUUGUAUAACCACUUGUACAUUCACCAUAAUCGCAGACUCGAAAUGAAAUUUGAACCUGGUACAGCUACUUUUUUGUAAUGUUAAAAAAACUGCAAUAUUUUUUACCAGAGGAUGGGACGAGGGACAUUCGUAAAAAAAAAGAAAAAUUAUCGAGUCUUAGAUCCGAAAAUGAAUAAUUUUCUAGUUAUUCAACUUUUCUUUUCUCUAUCUCCUUAGGUUUAUUGUUAACAAUUGAUGACGAUCGGUGAAAUGUUCUUAAUUUCUCUUUCCUUUACAACGAACUUCUUUUUUUCUUUUAAGUAAGAUAUUGAUACUUUAAUUAGGUAUACCUACUAGCAAUUCAUCGUAAAAGUUACCAUCAAAUUUUUAUCAUGAGAAAUUUAAUUUUGCAAAUCGAUUCACUUCUUCAAGCGGUUAUACUUCACUAUCUGAAGUAGUUACGUUUAUGAGUGAAGAUAUUUUAUCUGUGAUACAUUUUUUUGUGGAAAAAAAGUGAAAAUUAGAAAGGACAUCAAAUGAUUGGGCUUAUCGCAGAACGUGGUAUCUAUAAAAAUGAUAUUUAAAGAUCUUUUUCAGGAUUGAUCAGAAUUGUAAUACACAGUCAAAUCGAAUAGUCAAUUGGUAUUCAUAGAUCUUAUUUAAAAUUCUUAAAAUCCUUAUUUAGGAAUAUAUUUUGAUCUGAAUAUUUAUUAUGUCGCGUAUUCACAGAGUAUUAAUAGAAGAAAGAAAGAAAGAUUUCGUUCUCGAAGAAUUGAAUCGAAACGCUGUGUCAAAUUUUAUUUUAUUAUUCAGAAGAUGAAAAAUGACCCAUAAAAUGCACGAAAUGUUUCGUUUAAUCACUGCUAUUUUAUAAACGGCGAUCAUGAACAUUCGUUUCAUAUGAUGACUAUUUUACGUUAAGAAAAAUAUAAAAAAAUAAUAGUGUUUCAAUUCAUAUAAAUAAUAAAGAACAAGAACAACUUAGGUAGCAAAGAAAUCCUCUAUUUUGAACCGACGUAAUGAAGUAAGAACAGUCACUCCUUUCGAAUCGAUUAUGCAAAAAAUAAAUUUAACGAGUUAGCGCAAUUUAAACAAGAAUUAUGAUUAUUGUAUAUUUGAUUUAUUAAUGUAAUUUCCUACCUAAUGCUGUAUUAAAGACAUUAAUUAAAUUAAAUGAAAAAUUUUGUUAUAUUGUAAAACAUCAGUAAUGAAAUAAAAAAGAAUGGAAGUCGUUUUGUGAAGAAACA